AUAUAAGCGGCCCUCACAUGACACAUCUUGCUACCGUGCUCAGUCGAAGGUUGUGUUUUUCGCGCGCUUUUUAGUUUCCUUAUUCAUAUUUUUUGUUUUCGCCAUUAUUUUGUAUCGUAGAAAAAUGAACAAGUGAUAUUAUUUGAUCUUAAUUUGAGAGAAAAAAGAUAAAUAUGGACAAAUCGUUUGAUAAAUCGAUCGACGAAAGUUAUGAAGAUGAUGAAAAAGACAGGAUAGCAUCGUUACUAAGUACUGUACCCGUGCUGGAUGAUUUAUUUCACAUACACUAUAAGGUUGGGGAAGGUACAUUUAGUUCAGUGUUUCUUGCCACACUAAAAAAUUCAUCACAGUCAAAGAAUUUUGCUGUUAAACACUUGGUGCCUACCUGUCAUCCAGGCAGAAUUGAACGUGAAUUACAAUGCCUCAAAGAUAUUGGGGGUCAGGAUCAUGUUGUAGGAUUGGAAUUGUGUUUACGUCAUUCUGGAUCAGUUGUUUUCGUAAUGCCUUUUAUGAGGCAUGAUAAAUUUUCGGAUUACGUACAUGACAUGGAUCCACAGGAAAUGAAAGAUUACAUGAGAGCUUUGCUAACAGCUUUGCGCAGAGUUCACAAAUUUAAUAUCAUUCAUAGGGAUAUUAAACCAAGUAACUUCUUAUAUGAUAGAAGUAAUAAAAGAUAUUUGUUAGUGGAUUUUGGACUGGCACAGCAAUAUGUUGAAGAUACAAAACCAAAUAAUGCUUCACCAAAAGUAAGUCAAAUUGAUUCCUUAUCUGGGAAGAGAAAGAGAUGUGAUGAAAAUAAAAUUGAUAGAACUCUAAAAGCUGCAAAUAAACUAUCAUCAGACAAAUGUUAUUGUUUUGGGAAACCAAAAAUUUGUUCUCUGUGCCUUGCAAGGCCAUCACAAGCAGCACCUCGUGCAGGCACACCAGGUUUCAGAGCCCCAGAAGUUUUAUUAAAACAUCCUUCACAAACACCAGCAAUCGAUAUUUGGGCUUGUGGUGUGAUGAUGCUUAGCAUAUUGAGUGGGACACAACCAUUCUUUCGUUCUCCUGAUGAUAUGACUGCACUGGCAGAAAUCACUGCUAUUUUUGGGUCAAGCUCAAUCCAACAACUUGCAAGAAAACUGGGCAAAAAGCUUGUGUAUAGCAAUGAGAUCCCUGGAAUUGAUCUUAUUUCACUUUGCCAAAAAUUACAAAAGCGCAAUGAGAAUUCAAAAAUUGUCACUUCUGAGACUGUCAAAGAGGAAUCGGAAUUAAAAUAUCCAGUUGAAGCUUAUCAUCUGAUUAAAAGGUUGCUGGAUAUUAAUUAUACCACAAGAAUUACUGCUCAAGAAGCAUUGCUUCAUCCAUUUUUCAAUGCAUAGACUGACGUGUGAUAAAAAGACAAUAUAUAAGUUAAAUUUUUAUAUAACUUUAUUAUUAAAAAAUAAAUAACAAGUUAUACAUAUUUUAUAAAAUCUUAUUAGUACGUGUAUAUUUGUAAAAUAAAUUACAUGUUUAAUGUUGACGUUAGAUAGCUGUAACAUUGUAAAUAUUGAUUAUUUUAGUAAGUACAAAUACCAUAAAUAAAAGUAUGCAAAUAUUACUAAAGAAAUCUAAAUGCAAACAGUCUUUUCUACAAGUUUUAAGGCACAUUAUUCAAUACAAUUUUUUCCUUUAUUAAUCAAGGAAGUGUAAUAAUUUUUAAGUAUAAAUCAAUAUUUUGAUUUCUUAAUAUUGGAUCGUAAGUUUAUGAACAGAGAGUUUGAAAAUAAAUUUUCUCAAAAAA